UAAUAAGUGUGAAACGUUCCCAUUGGCUACACGGCACAACAUCGUGUGUGUGGGGCUCUCUCCAGAUGGAAGUCUUGCCAUACUAAUUGAUGAAGGUAUUUGCAUAAAGGAGGUAUUUGCUUUCCAACAGCGUGAAAUAAAAAUAUGCUCUGAAGAGGAAAGCCUGUAUUGCUAGAGGGAGCUGCCUUGCUUGUCAGUUUAAUCGGUAAAUCUGUAAUACAUCACUUCCAUUUUCACAAGCCAGUGCACAGUGUCUGCUUUUCCCCUGAUGGCAAGAAAUUUGUGAUUACAAAAGACAACGUUGCUCUUAUGUACCAUGCUCCUGGGAGAAAAAGAGAAUUUAAUGCAUUUGUUCUGGACAAAACUUACUACGGUCCAUAUGAUGAAACAACAUGUAUUGACUGGACCGAUGAUUCCAAAUGUUUUGCUAUAGGGAGCAAGGACAUGUCAACGUGGGUGUUCGGAGCAGAGCGAUGGGCAAACUUGAUCUAUUACUCGCUUGGAGGGCAUAAGGAUACAAUAGUAGCGUGUUUUUUUGAAGAGCACAGUUUAGAUCUGUACACAAUUAGCCAGGAUGGGGCACUGUGUGUGUGGCAGUGUGAUACAGAGCUGGAUGGUCUGAAGCCCAUGCUCCCUAAAGAUGAAACUAAGGAAAAGAGUAAAGCAAAAGAAGAUGAAGAGUUUACUGAAGAACCUCUGGGUGAAGAAAUUCGUGGGAAAGCCAAUCCAAACGAGCAAGAGACUAGAGAUAAAGUUAAAUAUUCUCGUGUCGCAAAGUAUUUUUUUAAUAAAGAGGGUGAUUUUAAUAACCUGACAUCUGCAGCUUAUCACAAGAAAACACACCUUUUAGUCACCGGUUUUGCCUCUGGAAUCUUCCACCUCCACGAGCUUCCAGAUUUCAAUCUGAUCCAUUCCUUGAGUAUUUCAGAUCAACGGAUAGCUUCUAUUUCUAUUAACUGUACUGGUGACUGGAUUGCCUUUGGAUGUUCAGGUCUGGGUCAGCUCCUGGUAUGGGAGUGGCAAAGUGAGUCUUAUGUGUUGAAGCAGCAGGGCCAUUUCAACAGCAUGGUCUCGUUAGCAUAUUCUCCAGACGGACAGUACAUAGUAACUGGAGGGGAAGAUGGGAAGGUGAAAGUCUGGAACGCUUCCAGCAGCUUUUGCUUCGUCACUUUUACAGAACAUACCAGCAGCAUAACUGCUGUAACUUUUACUUCCAGCGGUUAUGUCAUUUUGAGUGCUUCCCUAGAUGGAACAGUGCGAGCCUUUGAUCUACAUAGAUACCGCAAUUUCCGCACCUUUACUUCUCCACGACCGACUCAGUUCUCUUGUUUAGCUGUGGACUCCAGUGGUGAGAUUGUGUCAGCUGGUUCCCAGGAUUCCUUUGAAAUAUUCAUCUGGUCAAUGCAGAGUGGGAGACUGUUGGAUGUAUUAUCAGGUCACGAGGGCCCCAUCAGCAGUUUGUCGUUUAACCCAAUGAAAUGUGUCCUAGCUAGUGCCUCUUGGGAUAAGACUGUCAAGUUAUGGGAUAUGUUAGACAGUUGGAGAACCAAGGAGACUCUAACAUUGAACUCAGAUGUUCUUGUUGUUGCUUUCCGUCCUGAUGGCAAAGAGCUUGCAGUUGCUUCUUUGAAUGGACAGAUAACAUUUUGGGAUCAUGAAAACGCAGUGCAAACUGGCUCAAUUGAGGGAAGACAUGACCUUCAGAUGGGAAGAAAGGAGCUUGAUAAAAUAACAGCCAAACAAUCAGCCAAGGGAAAAUCUUUUACUACACUGUGUUACUCGGCAGAUGGUCAAUCUAUUCUGGCAGGUGGAUUGUCAAAAUUUGUCUGUAUAUAUAAUGUCAAGGAACAGAUUCUUAUGAAAAAGUUUGAAAUCUCGUGCAACUUUUCUUUAGAUGCAAUGGAGGAGUACCUAGAUCGAAGAAAAAUGACUGAAUUUGGCAGCAUGGCUCUGAUUGAUGAAGGUGCUGGAGAUGAAGAUGGUGUUGCUAUUCCUCUUCCUGGAGUAAAGAGAGGUGACAUGAGUUCUCGACACUUCAAACCGGAAAUACGAGUGACUUGCCUGCAAUUCUCUCCUACAGGACGAAGCUGGGCAGCCACCACCACAGAAGGCCUUCUUAUCUAUUCAUUGGACUCUGGGCUAAUUUUUGAUCCUUUUGAGCUAGAUAUUGAUGUCACACCCAGCAAUAUACACAAAACACUGCAUCAGAAGGAGUACACUAUGGCUAUCAUUAUGGCCUUCAAGCUGAAUGAAAAGAAGUUAAUUCAGGAGGUCAUAGAGGCUAUACCUAGUACUGAAGUUGAUGUUAUCUGCUCAUCGCUCCCGGAUCUGUAUGUGGAGAAGGUAUUGGAGUUCCUGGCCUCUGCCUUUGAGAUAUCUUGUCAUUUAGAGUUCUAUCUUAUUUGGGCUCAUAAAUUGCUCAUGCUACAUGGACAGAAACUGAAAACAAGGUCAGAGAAGCUGCUCCCUGUGAUCCAAUUUCUUCAGAAAAGCAUCCAACGUCAUUUUGAAGAUGUUUCCAAACUCUGUGAAUGGAAUAUCUACAAUAUUAAAUACGCAUUGGCCAUUUCGCAGCAGCGGGGCAUGAAACGUCUGGCAGACACAUCAGCGGAUGAAGACGAGGUGGAUUCUGACAGUGAUUAUAUUAUGCAAGAUGUUCGUCAGGAGAAUUUUAGUUCGUAGUGACUCUUCAUGAGAGGAAGAAAAGAGAAAGUAAUUUUAUGCAGUGGUAUUCACUGAGACUGAGUGGCCCUUAUAGAGGCAUAAUUUCACUCUCUUUAACAGCAUGGACAGAGUUACGUGCAAGUUACAGAAAUUGGUUAAGGUUAGGACAAGCAGAGUGCCUAUCCAUGGUAUACUUUGUGUGAUCUGUGAAGUCUGAUGAAGUCCCAAUAAUUAGGAAAAAUAACAUACCUGUACCAAUGAAUAUGGGAACAAAGUUACUGUGCUAUAAAACUUCCCCAGGGAUUUAAUUAAUAAUCUGAGAGACUAUGGUAAAGGUAUCUGUUUGUAAAUUGCCAGUUCAAUAAUGUAGCUUAAACUGCAAGGGAUGGAAUGUGUUACAGAUGUUCAUCUUUCCCUCAUGAAAGCUCUUGUUUUGUUUUUUAAAUGUUAUUCAUUAAAAUAUCGAAAUCUGGAAGUUGUA